AUAAGUAGGCUUUCAGGUUUAAACGAUCUCGACUUAUCUCAUAACUUGCUCAAUGGAACAAUUCCAUCCUCCUUGUUUUCUAUGCCUUCUUUGCAGGCUCUUCUUCUUCACAAUAACCUACUAUAUGGCCAGAUAAGUCCGUUCCUUUGUAAUUCAUUACAAUAUAUCGAUUUCAGUCAUAACAGGUUGUAUGGCCAGAUUCCACCUUCAGUUUUCAAGCUUGAGCAUUUGAGAGCUCUUAUGCUUUCCUCCAAUUAUAAACUGACCGGGAACAUCUCCUCUGUCAUUUGUGAGCUGAAGUUCCUAGAGAUUCUAGACUUGUCCAACAAUAGCUUUAGUGGAUUCAUCCCACAAUGCUUGGGAAACUUCAGUGAUGGACUCUUAGUGUUGCAUCUUGGUGGCAACAAUCUCCAUGGCAAUAUCCCUUCAAUCUAUUCAGAGGGGAACGAUUUGAGAUAUCUCAACUUCAAUGGCAACCAAUUGAAAGGGGUGAUACCACCAUCCAUCAUCAAUUGUGUGAAUUUAGAAUUUCUGGAUCUCGGUAACAACAUGAUUGAUGACACAUUCCCUUCCUUUUUAGAAAUGCUUCCACAGUUGGAGGUUGUUAUUCUAAGGUCAAAUAAAUUCCAUGGUUCUUUUAAGGGUCCAACUGUCAAGGACUCUUUUUCUAAAUUACAGAUUUUUGACCUCUCCAACAACAGCUUGAGUGGUCCGUUGCCAACAGAGUAUUUCAACAACUUCAAAGCCAUGAUGAGCGUUGAUCAGGAUAUGGAUUACAUGAGGCCAAAAAAUAAAAAUAUAUCUACUUCUUAUGUUUAUUCUGUAACUUUGGCAUGGAAAGGUUCGGAGAUUGAGUUUUCUAAAAUUCAAAUUGCCCUCGCAACACUUGAUUUAUCCUGCAAUAAAUUCACGGGAAAGAUUCCAGAGUCCCUCGGGAAGCUUAAAUCUCUGAUACAGCUCAACCUUUCUCACAACAGCCUCAUCGGUUAUAUCCAGCCAUCACUUGGGAAUUUAACUAAUCUGGAAUCGCUGGAUCUCUCCUCAAAUCUGCUUGCUGGAAGGAUUCCUCAACAACUGGUAGAUUUAACAUUUCUUCAAGUCCUCAACCUUUCGUAUAACCAACUUGAGGGACCCAUACCUGUAGGUAAGCAGUUCAACACAUUUGAAAUUGGUUCAUACGAAGGGAACUUGGGAUUAUGUGGACUUCCCUUGCAAGUAAAAUGCAACGAAGGUGAGGGGCAACAACCGCCACCAUCAAACUUCGAGAAAGAAGAUUCAAUGUUUGAAGAAGGAUUUGGAUGGAAAGCUGUAGCAAUGGGUUAUGGAUGUGGAUUUGUAUUUGGAGUCUCUAUAGGAUACGUUGUAUUUAGAGCAAGAAAACCUGCAUGGUUUGUGAAGAUGGUUGAAGCCAGUGCCCAUCAAUAUGGAAAAAGGCUUAGAAGGAAGAAUGCUCCGGCCAGAAAUGGUGGAAGACGACACUAG